AUGAUGGCGGGUCUCGAGGUCGCAGCAGCCGGCGUCAGCUUCAUUGCUUUUGCCCUCCAAUCAUUUCAGGGUUGUGUGCAGGCCUUCGAGUUCUUCGAGACGACGCAGAAUAUCGGCUCGGACGGCGACCUUUUGAGGACUGGGUUGGAAAUACAGAAGUACCGUCUGAUCAAAUGGGCAGAGCGAUCUGGAUUAGGGAAAACGGAGAGACCUGCGGUCAAUUGGCAGUAUGCCAGGCUCGUGCUGGACCAAUUGCUGGUGAUGUUGACGUCUGCUGAGAAGCUCAAGACCCGUUACCACCUGGAAGUGUCCGAAGAGACGUUGGAAACGGCUGAAAAGCUUUGCAGUGCGGAAUCACCAAAACAAGGAAUUGCGGAGCUCAUCGCUCGCCUGCGGCCGACCAUUCAGACAGCGGCAGGGAAAAUCAUCCAAGAAAGCAACUCUACAGUCAAAAGGCUGCGAUGGGCAACGCGCGACAUGACCAAAUUGAAGCAGUAUCUGGACGAGAUCAAGAACCUAGUCGACAACUUGGAUAUGCUCCUUGAUCAUGCGGAACGGGAGAGUGACAGAGACGACAUGGAAAAGCUCCUUCGCGGGCUUGUCUCUUUCAUCCCGAGCACCACGGAGGCGGAGCAAAUCGAAGAGCUUGUUGGAGUCAGACUGGUCGUUGGCGCAGACAAACGCGAAGAUGAGGAGACACCGUCGUUUAGAAAGGCACCAAGCUUCAUGCCGAAACUUCGGAGGCUGAAGCACCGGUAUCUUCGACCCAGAGCCGGAGGCGAGUUGCACGAGACCGGGAUCGAGCUUGGUCUGUACCAGGAUGCGCCAGUCCUUGUGCAGUGGAAGAUUGCGGAGGGCCCGGAGUGGUCGAGGUUUGAGCAGCAAAUGAAGGCCUUGACUGUUCUUCUCAUGUCCCUGGUCCACGAGUCCUUCCACUCGCUCCCCUGCUUGGGACUGGUCUCGGUGAAGGAGAAAGGACGGUACGGUCUUGUGUUCGUGUUGCCAACGGAUGCAGUAGACUUGCAAGUGACAGGGCUGGAUGAGCUGGUGAAGACGACACGAAGAAUCUCACUCGCCAGACGACUUGAGGUCAGCCGCAGCGUUGCAGAGGCGGUGCUGCAGCUGCACACGGCGGGUUGGAUGCACAAGUCGCUGCGACCGACCAACGUCGUGUUCCUGGCCAAGCAGGGGGCAAAGCGCGAGGAGAUCUUGCAGACGACGCCAUACAUAGUUGGGUACGACUAUGCCCGGCCGGACACUCAGGAUGCAGCCAAAGCGUUCACGCAGCUGCCCGAGUCGAGCCUGAGAUCAGAGCUGUACCGUCACCCGCAAGCCCGCGGGGCGGGUCGACAGACCUACCAGAAGAGGUUCGACAUGUAUGCGCUGGGAUGUCUCAUUGUGGAGCUCAUGGCAUGGAAAUCCCUCGCAGACCUGCAUUCCGAGCACACGGACCAGGGAUUUGGAGGCAGGCUGGAGCAGGCAGAAAACACAAACGGCGUGACUGAGGUGCCAUCGCUAGACGAGCUCAUGGGGAAGCAGGGAGCCGUGGAUGAUCUGGAGCACCAGGCUGGGGGGCAGGUGGUGAAGGCAGUCAGGAGAUGCCUAGGCAUGAAGCAAGUUGAAGGCACUGAAGAUGCAGGGCUCGAGGACCAGAUGGCCGUGGUCGAGAUGCUGUCAUGGUGUAGGGUCUAG